GAUUGUAUCAAAAAGUCAAAGGGCGUGGCCAUACCAGCUUGUCUAAGUUUGACAUCUGAGAAUUUUGAUUUUUUUUUCACACAUUUUCUCGUCAAACAUUUUGCUUCAUUACUCCAACAGGAUCAAUCCAUUCCCCACUUACUUAUUUGUAUAGAGAGAAAACAGUGUAAAAAAGGUAUACUCUUUGGCUUGUGUACAAAAUUCAAUGCGUCUGGUUUUGCCCCUCAUCAGAGUUGAUGUCACGCCAAUUCAAUAAGAAGUUAUUGCGACUCAACUACACAAAGGCCCAAACUGCCUCAAACUUUACAUGUAAGAUUAGAAUCCCUUCCUGAAAACAUAUUUAUUCAUUUCCUGCACAUUUUUCAAAGCCCCAUCAGCUUAUUUGAGUCCUGAAGCAUUGGUUGACAUGAUAUAGGAGGAUGUAAAAGGAUUUAAACUGGGUGCUAAAGGAAGGUUGUUUAGGCCUCACAUGGAUGGCUUUCUUUACGUCACUUUCAAACCAAAGGUUUUCUCUGACCAAAAUCUGAACUUUGCUAUCCUCAAAGGAGUCUUAUUGGUCCUUGAAGUGUAGAUGUACAGCUGAGUCCUGGCCUGAGCUGGACCUUAGAUCUGUGGAAUGGUUGCUCAAGUCAAGGUUCUGGUGUUGUGUCAACUCUAAUCUGGACAUAGUUUAAUGAAUCAACAUUGGCUGGAAUAAAGCUUACAGAAUUUUCCAUCUCUCGUUGAGCUUGGGGUUAGGGUUUUCAGAGUCAGUGUUAGAAUACAGCUUAAUGAAUCCUUUAACUUUCACUCCCUUGUCACUGUGUCAGUUCUUCUCCUAAAAUAGAUGUUAUGAUGGCAAAAGUUAACUGAGUCCAAGUUUGAGAACAACAAUGACAUAAGCACUGAAACACUCACACAUGAGACAUGUAGAGGAUGUUGAGUGACAGAGAAACCUACUCACUCAGGGACAAAGGAAACCUAUAACUGUCCAGUCCCUCACAGUUCGAGCUGCUAGAGUGAACAGAACAGAACACUUCACUCAGAGAUCUUUGUAAUGGGUCCAGAAGAGAAACUUAACGCCACGCUUGUUCGCCCUGCAAGGUUCUAUCUCAGUGGGUUUACCAACAUCCCUCAUGUGAAGUAUUACUAUGUGUUCCUGUGUUUUGUCUACAUCCUGACUGUUCUGGGGAAUGGCUUCCUCAUGUUAGUUAUUUACCUGGUGGAGGCCCUGCAUACUCCCAAAUACAUGAUUGUGUUUAACCUGGCGUUGGCAGAUUUGUGUGGCAGCACGGCUCUCAUACCAAAACUCUUAGACUCCUUUUUGUUUAACAGGAGGUACAUCGUCUAUGAGGCUUGUUUGAGUUACAUGUUCUUUGUUAUAUUGUUUGCAGGCGUGCAGUCAUGGACACUUGUCACAAUGGCAUUUGACAGAUUAAUAGCGAUUUGCUUCCCUCUAAGGUACCAUAGUAUUGUUACUAAUCAAACUAUUGGUGUGAUGCUGAUGUUUUCAUGGGUUGUUAUUAUAGGUGCAUUGACAUGCCUUGUAAAGCUCAUUGAUCGUCUGUCAUUCUGUGGAGCUUUUGUGUUGAAGGGUUUUUACUGUGAUCACGCCCUUGUUUAUCGCCUGGCUUGCAAUGACAACUCUUUAAAUAAAAUAGUAGCAUUUAUUUGUGUCAUUGUAUUUAUCUUUAUUCCUCUUGUAUUGAUAACACUGACAUAUGUUUGUAUUUCAGUAGCACUGAAAAGGAUUGCAUCAGGAGAGGAGCGACUUAAAGCGUUCAAAACUUGUUCAUAUCACCUGAUUCUUGUGGCUAUUUUCUUUCUUCCAUUUGUGGGCACCAACAUAGUGUCCUCCUAUAUCCAUCCUAAUGCCAGGAUCAUUAACACCUCUCUGACACACACCAUACCAGCAAUGCUUAACCCCAUUAUUUACUCUUUAAAGACAGAGGAAGUUGUCAACUCUACCAAGAAGAUUUUCAAAAGAAAGAAGAUGAAUAAAGCUCGCAAAAAAUAAUGAAAUGUUAUCAAUGACAUGAUCACACAUAAGAAGUGUUAUCAUAGCAGUAGGGCCUUUUUUUGUCUCCAGUUUUUCCUACUAUGACAUUUUGUUAUUAUUAUUAUGUACUUUUCUAUAUAACAAGACAUCAAAAUAUUGCAUUACCUUGCAUUACUCUUAGUUUUCUUAGUUGCAUUGUGUAAUGAUUCCUUACACAAUGAUGUCCCUGUUUUAU